CCCGCAUAGCAUACACGCACUCUGCUACUCUGCUUGGCUUGCAUUUUCCCACUUAGCCCCGAAAAUGGCAGAGCCAAUCAGUGACUUAUAUCCAGAGAGACGAGUCUGCUAGACGACCAAAGGAAUAAGAGCUGAUGCAUGCGGAUUGCAGGAUCAACUCUUGAAAGCCACGAUCGUAUCGAACACAUGCACACGAGGCUUAAUCAAUUUUCCGGUUUUUCCAAGAAGUUUUUAAGCAAUAUAUAACCACCAUCAAGCGGUUAUUGUAUGCAGUUCUAAUUACGGCUAACCUCUACUGUGUUCCCGGGUUCUUCCACGCACACAGACACAUUCAAACGCUUCGCAAAGAGAGAGAGAGAGAGUAAGAUAUAUAUAGGUUUGAUGGAAGGAUCGGCCCUCCCCCGACGGCCCCGACUCGAGUGCAAUUCGAGUAGUUCGACACCAAAGUUACUCGGAUAAAGUUGUUAAGUCGUCACAAUCGAAAGCAUUCAUUGUCAACGUGUUUACGGUCAUAACGGAAACUUUCUUGCGUUAAGAACUAGUCUUUAUUCAGUCUGCGGGUACAGUAUAUAUUACCCGUCCCGGUCAGUGCAAGCAGAAUCUGCUAGCGAGCCUCGAACUAUCUAGUGCGAGUCAAACGAACGGGAGAGUAACACGAGAUACAGGCUUAUAUUAAACUAAGAGUCGCGAGAAAGAAAAAAAGCCUGUGUCGGCAGAAGUAACGGGAGCUCGUACUUUUGAGGCGUAAGUGUCAGUGAACGACUUAACCACGGCGGGCAAGAAAAAGAGACGCGGCUCCCCGCGUGAUCGUGAUCGGGACGAAGACGAGGACUACCACCACCGCAGCAGCAGCAGUCGUAGGCGCAGCCGAAGCCGGAGCCGCGACCGCGAGUCCUCGUAUCGCAACAGUCGCUCGAGCUCCAAGUCGAACAACCGGGAUCGGGACCGACGCAGCACGAGCAGCAGCCGCAGCGGUUGCGGCGGUAGUAGCAAACAACAGUCCUCGUCCUCAUCUUCAGCGGCAGCGACGGCUGCGUCUGCAGCCGCAGCAGCAGCAGCUGCCGCCGCCGCCGGCUUCAGCAGCAUGUCCAGUGCACCCUUGGCUGCUAUGCAACAGGACCAGAGCAAUAGUAGUCUGGACCUAGGAGGUGGUAACAGCAAUCCCGGUAGCACGACUGGCAGUAUGAGCGAUUACUCCAUGGUCGGGCCACCCCAGACUUUCUCCCAGAGCUCAGCUUUUGCCGCUGCGGUGCAGCGUGCCAAGCAGAUUGCCGCAAAAAUAAAUCCAGGAGGUACAAAUAAUUCCGAUCCUACGAAAAAACGGUCUUUGGAAGAUGGUUCAGAACCUGAAGCAAAGAAACUUGCUAUCCCUGAUCCAAUAUUUAAUCUUCAUGGAGGAAUGACAUCUGGUCAUGAUAGCACACCCAAACCAACUGCUACUUCAGCACCUACAAUUCCUACAAUGGGUAUGGGUAUGUGCAAUGAAGAAAUCAAAGUUCCUGACAAAAUGGUGGGCUUAAUAAUUGGCAGAGGAGGUGAACAAAUUACAAGAUUACAAGCUGAAACGGGAUGUAAAAUUCAAAUGGCUGCAGAAAGUGGGGGUCUGCCUGAGCGUAUUUGCACGCUAUCCGGCACCCGAGAAGCUGUCAAUCGAGCUCGAGAACUUGUCCUAUCAGUUGUCCACCAAAAACGACCUGAUGAACAAAUACCAGGAGCAAAUCCUCCUUACCCGGGACCUUCACCUCUUCCAACGACUUCUGGUAAUCCGGGUUUGGUAGAGAUCAUGAUACCCGGCCCCAAGGUGGGUCUAAUAAUCGGUAAAGGUGGUGAAACCAUCAAGCAGCUCCAAGAGAAAUCUGGAGCUAAAAUGGUUGUAAUUCAAGAAGGUCCUGGUCAAGAACAAGAAAAACCUUUGAGAAUUACUGGUGAUCCGGCCAAGGUGGAACAUGCUAAGCAAUUAGUCUAUGAACUAAUUGCUGAAAAAGAAAUGCAGAUAUUCAACAGAAGCAGAGGUUUUAAUUCAGAAGGAAAUCCAGAAGGCGUAGAGGUAACUAUUUAA